AAGGGAAAAAGCAAUACACAGUUGGGUGCUAAAGGUUUCAAUUUCAACCGACGCGACAGAGAGACACAAGAGGAAGGGGAGAGGGAGAGAGUGGGAGAGAUGGGUGUGGUGAUUAGGGGAGUGAUAUUGGACGAGUCUGUACUAUUAGCCCCUCAACGUGACGACGACCUCCAUGCAAACGGAUCGUUACAACCCGGUGCUGAGUCUCUCCUUCGUAAGCUCCGCCAUUCUAAGUUCCGUACGGGGAUUACUUAUGGAGUUGGUCUUUCAGAUCAUAAGGUGAGUCUUCUUAAAAUGAUGACAGCAACAUACUCGUUUGAUUCUUUUAUCUUGAAUUCAACUUCUAUAGACGAUGCUAAACGUGAGAUUAUGCUAGCUUGGGGUGACAUUGGAGGCAUUAUUUUGUACCUAGUUUCUAGUGAGAAAAAGGAAGUCUUCCCUAAACUAAGCAACUGUGGUUGGCUGAUUGUUGCUCUAAGAUCGCUUGGGCAAGAAUCAGCAGACGUUAUUGAAGAUGGUAGUGCAUGUGAGGAUUCAAGCAUAUUUUAUAUCAACCAGUUAGAAGAGUUGCCUUUGACUGUAUGCCACUUAAAUAGAAAGGCAAUUGGCAGCAGUGUCUUGACUGUUGGAUAUAUUAUGAAACCUUCUCGUGAAGAUGAUUUUGCUAAGAGGGGUGCAUUCCCUAUGUAUCCUACUCAAAAUGGAUUGAUGUUUUUCCCCCUCAUGCUUGAGCUGCCUUUAUCACCUCAGUUGCAAGAAGUUGACAUCAUUCUCCAUAAAGCAACUGAUGAAAUUAUAUCCAUUGACUUGAGCAGUUCUACAAACUUCUCUAACAGAAUUGCUUACACCAGGGGCAUGCAGGAAUUGCAAAGAUACAUGGAGCAUCAUCCGGAUUGCUGUGUGAUUGACCCAUUUAAUAACAUUUACCCUGUAGUGGAUCGGCUGAAAAUUCAAGAGAUUCUACUUCAGUUGGAGGAUCUUAAUACUGAGGGCCGCUGUACAAUCCGGGGCCCCCAUUUUCUCAAGGUUGAUAAUUUUAAUGAACUUGAUCUAGUGCAGAGGCUGUCUGAAGCCAAAUUAUCUCUUCCGAGUAUAGUGAAACCUCAAGUUGCCUGUGGUGUUGCAAGUGCUCACAAUAUGGCAAUUGUGUUCAGAAUUGAAGAUUUUAAGGACUUGAGCGUUCCUCUUCCAGCUGUUGUGCAGGAAUAUGUGGAUCAUUCAUCCACUCUGUACAAAUUUUAUGUCAUGGGCGAAAACGUUUUCCAUGCAGUUAAAAUGUCUACGCCAAAUGCAAAUAUGUUAAUGAAAUUAUCUGAAAGUAAUGGACUCAAACCUCUAGUCUUUGACAGCUUAAAAUCUCUGCCCACUGCCAAUGACGACAAACAUUGUGGCUGUGAUAAUUACUCCAAAGCCACUAAUCAUUUUAUUGAUCUUGAGCUGGUCACCAAUGCUGCAAAUUGGCUUAUGAGAAAGCUUGAUCUUACUAUCUUUGGCUUUGAUGUUGUUAUUCAGGAUGACACUGGUGAUCAUGUCAUUGUGGAUGUAAAUUAUCUCCCUUCAUUUAAGGAAGUGCCUGAUGAUAUUGCAAUACCUGCCUUUUGGAAUGCCAUUAAAAAGAAGUUCGAGUCGAGAAAGUCGAAUUAAUGAAGCAAACAAUAGCUCCUCUUUUACCAUGAUGAGCAGGUGUGAAGAUAUAUAUAGUCGACUAUCUUUUUAUAUCACUCUGGGAGGAAAUGUGAGCAACCAUGUGUUCAUAUCCAAAUUCUAUACUGCUCUCUUAUCUUUAAGCUCAAUGUAAUCUCUCUCUUCAAGCAAGUUCUUUGGACUUGCACCCAUGCCCAGAAAUACUGCAAAGAAUCCAUAGUUUAUACUUCUGUUUCCUUUCUUUGGUUUUACCCCUUUCUUUUUGGGGUAUCAAGUACUUGUGUCAAAUAAGCAACUUGUUUGAAAUGAAUAUCUACCUUUCUUCAA